GUACCAAGGUUUCAUGCCAGUCAUGCCGGAUAUGUUCUCCCGCCAGUCAGCAUGGAUCAUCGCGGUAUCGGUCCUCGUUUGUUGUUGCAUCCCCUUCGCCUUUCUUGAUCUUGGGUCUUCCAAUGAUACAGGCUCUACAAGACUCCCUCACAGGGUCAGGUUACAGAGACGCUAUCCCACUGAGAAAAAGGUCAUCGGCCCUAAUUACAUCCAACAUGAGCUGCCUGCAAUCCCCAUUGAUUUGAAGGCUCGCUACGAAAAGAGGCGUCUACUGGGAAGACACAAACUCCAAGCCCGCACUUCAGCCAUUGAGAGAUUCAGACGAAAUGUCCAACCGUCACCGGUCGAUAGUAAAAACUAUACCCCUUUAAUGUCUAGUGAAGAAACUGAGCUUGACCUUCAGUGUGGGUCAUGUUCUCUAGUUGCUCAUUCAGGUCUAAUGAGGCGGAGUUCAUUAGGGAGAGAGAUUGACCAAUCAGACUGUGUCUUCAGAAUGGAUGAUGCACCUACCAUGGGAUACGAGAGAGAUGUAGGGAGGAGAACAACUGUUAGAGUCAUCUCAUAUUCCAGCCUCUUCGAUGUAGCCUUCCAAGCAGAGAACCUCCUCUCCCUCGAGCCUAGCGCCACCCAUCUCAUCUUUCACGGUCCGGAACAUGUUUACUCUAGCCAUCAAUUCCAGAAAUACCUGCAGCGUAUCAAGUCUUCCAAACCAGAAGUUGAGAUGUACCACGCUGGUCAGGGUCUGGAGGACAAGACUGACUUUGAACUUCUCAAGCAUACAGGAAAAUCAAGGCAAACAUCAAGCUCCGAGUUCUCAACUCACAUGUACGCCUUGAUGGCUAUGAAGGACAUGUGCUCAUCAAUCACAGUCUAUGGAAUGCUACCAAAGAAUUUCUGCAGUGAAAACCCAGCAAACAAAGUUGAAUCUCUGUACUACAAGGACCCCAUGCUCACCGCCUGCUCGUUAUUCAGUUACCAUGACAACUUAGAGGUCGGAGGUCAGCCACACGGCGCAGAGCAAGAUGUCUUCAGGAGCUGGAUGGAAAGCGAAGAGAUCCGAUUCGUGAAUCCAAGCUGGGAGUGAAUGGCUUGAAGCCAGCUUGGAUCAUUUGCCCCCAUGUCUGUUGUCUCAUGCGAAGAGCAUAGCUGCAGUCUGGACAGCGGAUGGUAUAAGCUAACUAUGUCAAAAAAAUCCCUCGGGUUGUGACUCAUGUUAAAAAGGCAUAGUCACUAAAAACCAGCGUCAACCUGGCCCGUGCUUUCAAAGCACGGUCAGGGUACUUUGUGUUGUGUGGUUGUAAAUUGGUGCUGAAAGCGCAGUUGCAAACCAGAACACAAUGGAGCUCGAUGCUCGGCAAGGCAGGCAUGACGGUGACUCACAUCCAGAUGAUGUAGCCACGCAACUGUCUUCUUGCCACUGAUGGCUCGUGUUUGAAAAACACAGUCUCAGGUAGAACAGAUCGUAGGACUGGAUGGAGGAGGAGCAGUGUGAGAUUGUAUCAUCAGGACAAGUGUAGUGCUUCCUUCAUCAGUUGAUAGAUCAGAAGAAUUUUAUAUUUUU